ACAUAUAGUGUACCGUAAAUAUAGUGUUCGAUAGAGUGGGAAAAGUGGAUCCCGUGACCAGAGGUCUGCAAAUAGCUGUCAAUUGGAUCGGUCUGGACGUAGACGUGAAGUUCUGGUCACAACACAUCUCAUUCAUAUUGGUUGGCAUUAUUGUCAUCACUUCCAUCAGAGGCCUACUCAUAACACUCACCAAAACAUUCGGUUUUGACACUUUUACGGUGCUGUUAAAAAUGUGUGUUAAAAUCGAAUUCUGUCAAAAUCGGAUACUU